UUCUGCUUAUUUCCCGGGAGCCUUGCCCAAACUCUGCAAAGGAAGCCAAGGGAGUGUGCUGGGGCCUCUGGGGCCUCCAGUGGUAGAUACUGCUGUUUGCGGGGUUUGGGAUAUGUAUAGCUCUGGGGGACCCUCUUGCUUUCCCAGCCUUCCAUCAGGGGGCUGUGGAGGAGGCCUGUGGGUUAACAUCUGCACAUUUGUCCCUGUGUCUGGAGUGCCCAGGGCCCCCAGCUCCGGGCAGCAUUCCCGCCAAGGAGGGGGCGACCCUCCACCUGGGACUCCGGCCCCUCUCCCAGGGCCGACUCCUGCCGCAGGGGUGCAGGACUCAUCCCAGUGCAGCUGCCAGCCCUCGUUGAAGUGGCCCCGUGGAAAAGGAGACUUCUGGCACCGUCUCUAGCUCAGUUUUUGAUGGUACUUGCUGCAGGCAAGAGUACUUUCCAGAGUGGUUUUACUGUGGUACCAUGUUUGGGACAGAAGUUUGCGCCAGAAGGAUCCCUCCUGGCCGGCUGGAGAGAGCUGGAGACUGGCCCAGGCCUGCCCCGGGGUGGCUGACUGGAGCCUGGGACUGAGGACUCAGCCCACAGCUCUCCUGUUGGGUCUGUGCUGCUGGCCCGGGCGGGGGUGCCAGAGCCGUGCCCUGAGGGGACUGUGCGCUGUGUGAGAGGUCAGACUCGUACUGGCGCCUCCUGGGUGCCCAUCUCUCCAGGAGCCGGGACAGGAGGUUUGGAUCUGGGUUGGGAGGGCAGGGAGGGCCUCGGACGGCCGGACCGGGGACACCAUGGAUCAGGCCCCCUGUGGGCCUCUGUGCGGUUCUGUGACCCGUGGCGGCUGGCGGGAUGCAGGAGAGGUUGUGCCCGGAGGGAGGGCAGUCAGGAACUUCCUAAGAGGGCGCUUGCGGCAUCGCGACUCUGCCACCUUCCAAGCACACGAGGAGAAGUUGGUCGGAGGUGGGGACGCUGAGAUGAGGUCUGCUGUCCCUUUCCCCAGAGCCUUCCUACCCACCUGUGCUCCCCACCUGCCAGCUGUGGAGGAGGGGCAGGGGAGGGGUGGGGAGGGGGAGAGGGACUGCGGUUUACACUCUCCAGGGCACACUAGGAUUUGUCUUCUUAUUUGUCAGGGCGGCUGUUCUCACUGCCACUGAACAGCGGCAGAAGCAGAGGUUCCCCGGGGACAGGUAGACCCCUCCCUCCAGCCCCCUUUCACACCAUCUGGUGAGCCGGUGCCCUGCAGGGGGCUCCGAGAAGGCCAUGGACACGCUCCUAACCGCCCUCUGCCAGACCACCGGGUGCCGGUCAGCUCAGCCCUUGCAAUUAAUUCCCCACCCAUUUGCAGAGCCGACUGUGUAACGGGGCGCCCGCGGGGGACAGGCCCUCCCAGUCCUCCCAGGACGUCCACCUUCCGCCGUGGAAAUUGUUUCUUUCUACGGCAGUUGUUGAAGGAAGGCACAAACAAUGUGCGGCCAGCGCCCAGAUGACAGAGCAGGGGGCCUUUGAGCUGGGCCCUCCAAGGGGCCAGGAUUGCGUUGGAGGGCACUGUGACCAGGGACACAGAAGUGGGGACUGGACCGCCGGCCUGGGCUUCUGUUCCCCGUGGCUCCCGUCUGGCUGUAGGCAAGCAAAGGAGGGUGUGUCUGAGCGCAGUCUGGCAUCAGGGCCUUUCUGCACCGUCGCCUUCGAGGCUCCAGAAAUGUUGCCGGCUGAGUGGCUUCCGGGCCUCGCUUCCACCCAUCUCUGAUCUUUCACCCUGGGGACGAGGCUUUACCACGAGCCCCAGGAAAGACAUCAUCUGAACUAACUGAGCCAUCAUCCGACACCCCGGACAUUCUCACUUCAUCGGGCCGAGGAUGGGCCCACAGUGUUGGUAUUUCUAAAGCUCUCCAUCGUGAGUCCAACGUGCAGCCCGUGUUGAGAACCCCUACUCUGUACUGCCCUUCCUGCUACAUUGGUAAACCGAGGCCCAGAGCAGGGCAAGAUCUUACGCAAGAUCAUGCCAUCAGGGGCAGAACCAGCACUUGAACCCGUCUCGGGGCUUCUGGGCCCAUGCUCUUUCUGCUUGUGUACAAGGGCCCAGGCAAGGCAUGGCCCCCUGGGCUCUGUGGGGGGUGGGUUGUGCUCCUACUGCCUUGCUGGCCUGGGGUCUGUCCUCUGUCCUGUCUGCCAGCCCCAUUCUGAAGCAAGAUGGCUCCAGGGUAGCCACAGCUGGUGGGGCCCCUCCCAUUAAAUGCUCAAGGAGUAGGUAGGGGCUUGGGGGUGUGGUUUGUUGCCAUGGAAAUGUCUCUCUGGUGGUCCUAGGACAGGAAAGCCAGUUCAUCCUGGGAAUCUGCCUUGCCCCUUAAUGUCUAGCUUCCUUUUGUGAUAGCGCGUUCCAAUGUGCAGACAUCUUCUCUUGUAUUGUGACAACUUAGGGUCUCGUGCAUGAGUGAAUGGAGUUGGCGAGCUUUUUCAAAACAUUAAGUGGUGGGCCGGGAAGAGAACUGCGUAAUGAGUGUUGACUUUAUGGCAUCCCUAUGCUAGGGCUCUGCAUUCGUGAGAUCGGUGGUCCGAAACCAGGGGCUGUUUUGCUUUGAGACACGUUGGGUGGUCACAAGUGUGCGGGUGAAUGCUACCAGUUUCUAUCGGGCAGAAGCCAAGAAUGCUGAGAAACGUCCUCCAUGGCCCAGGAUGCCCCUUGCCACUCACAAAGAAGUUUCUAGCCUCAAAUGCCAAUAGCGGAAUGUGGCGCCCCUGGCCGAGCGCAAGAGGAAACCCAAGUUCUCCAAGGAGGAGCUGGACAUUCUGGUCACGGAGGUGACCCACCACGAAGCAGUUCUCUUUGGGAGGGAGACCAUGCGGCUGUCCCAUGCCGACAGGGACAAGAUUUGGGAAGGUAUAGCUCGGAAAAUCACCUCCGUCAGCCAGGUCCCCCGCUCCGUCAAGGACAUUAAGCACAGAUGGGAUGACAUGAAACGGAGAACCAAGGACAAGCUGGCCUUCAUGCAGCAGUCCCUGUCGGGCCCCGGGGCUGGGGGCCGGGCCCCCACCAUCGUGCUCACUGCCCACGAGAGGGCCAUCGAGUCAACCCUGCUCACGGCCCAUUCCGGGCACAGCUUUCCCAGGGCAGAACUGGAUGGCACCGACAGCCCCUCGACCAGCUAUGAUGAAGACGAGGAGGUGCCCGGGCCCUCGAGGCAGCCUCUGCGGGUGUCCCUGCAGCGGUCGGCGGAGGAAGAGGCCCACCUGGCCAGGCCUACCCUGCUCCGCUCCUCCUCCUCCUCGGACCAGUCCGAGAUGGUGGGCCCCAAGCCGGAGGCCCUACCCCGGCCCUCACCGCAGACCCAGACUGCCUGCAGGACCCCUCGGCCGCACCCCAGCCCGCCCGGCACGGGCCUUGACUGGCAGCUCCUCCAUGCCCAUGUGCAGCAGACUGAGGCGUUCCAGCACUUCUGCCAGGAGCUGGUCACCGUGCACCGGGACAUGGCAAGCAGCAUGCGCGCCAUCGGCCAGACCAUGGCCGAGCUGACCAGCCGCGUGGGUCAGAUGUGCCAGACGCUGACAGAGAUCCGAGACGGGGUUCGGGCAUCUCAGCGGGGGCCCGACGGGGUCGCCCCCACGGGCCCAACCCCUCAGGCCGAGGCCCCCCCAGCAGAGCCCCCGCAGGCUCCCCCGGCCCCGGCCCCCUCACGGACUACCAGGUCUCGGAAGAGAAAGCACAAUUUCUAACCCAGCCAGUCUCCAGUAGGAGGAGGAGAGAUGGAGGCCGGGUGCCUGGCCUCCAGACAGGAGCUCGUCUCUCAUGUCCGGGACCAGUGACCCCUGUAGGAUCCCGUGGAGACGUCCAUCUCCUCCCCACGUGCAGGUCGGCGGCCCUGGGCUCCCACGGCGUGUGUGUGCAGCCCUGGUCUUCGGCCACCGCCAAAGGUGCGGGUAACGGCGCCUGGGGACGCUUGCGUGAAGCCUGCUCCUGGUCUGUGGCUGCGGCCGCGGCCUCGGGCAGAAGAGGCUAGCGAGAGCGGGCGGCUUCGGAACGGAAUCCUGCUUGCCAGCCUCGGGGCUGCCACCGCCGCCUCCCAAGCCCUGAGUCUGCUGCUUCCGAAGGGGGGGAAGCUUGAGGAUGGGCAGGGGGAGCUGAGCCCUCCCAGGAGGGGCCCAUCCUCUCCUUCCCCAGGGCUCCGAGCGCGGUGGGUGGCACCCCUGCCUUGGCCUUCCGCUUGCCCUCGCGGUGCGUGUGCUCGGCUGCUGUGCUUGCGUUUUGUGGAAUGGGGAGAAGAACGGGAUGGCGUCGGAGGAAGGAGAAGAGGCCCUGGCGCUCUCAGAGCACCUUCUGCUUUCCCUGCAUUAGCAGAGGUGUGAUCUCAGUGGGCUCUCAGGACGGCUGGAGAGGCAGCCCAGCCGGUCGCCCUGUCACCAUUAUGACCACCAUCACCUGCAUUUCGUAGAUGACAGAUGCCACAACAGUUAGUGGGGGCGAGGGCGAGGGGCGGGGGGGGCAGGCCCGGAAGCCGGGUCUGUGGAUUUGCCCGGCUCCCCUGGUCAGAGGACAGAUGUGGACCGGGGAGGGUGCUACUCCCUGCCCCCGCUCUCCUGGGGGCCUGUGGGAGGCAACAGCAGCAUUGAGGUGGGUGCCCAGCCCCGCCCUGGCCCUAGGGCAGACCGCGGAGGCGCUGGGGAGAAGCUUCCACACCCACAAGGUGACUCCUCCUCUGGCUGCUAGAAGAACCCCGCAGGGCUCCUGUCCCACCCAGGUUCCAGCAUGCCUUGCCUCCGCUUGCUUGGGCUGCAGACGCGUUAGCGACACACAUCUCUAGCUUCCUGUUCAUUUCGGAGUGUGGCCAGACAGCCAGGUUCCUCGAGUCAGGGAGGGAGGAGGGAUGGCAGUUGGAAGCUUAGCUCUGACCCAGGUGUAGCUCAGCUCUGUGUCCUCUUUGUUCCCUGGCCUGAGGCUGACCCCAGCAGAAGCUCUCCUCUCCCCACCCCCACCCCGGUCCACCGGCUCCCACGUCUGCGCCCUAGGGCCCUGGUGGGGGCUGGGAGGACCGCUCUCCCCAGUGCCUGCUGUGGCUGUUUCUGGAGUGCUGCUUCUAAUCCCAGACCACGCUUUGUCCCAUGUCAAGAGCAUGGGGGACAUCUGCAAUGUCCCCGUGUCCUCAGCUCCAUCCCCCCACUCUGUGGUUCUUUGGGGGCUCCUGCUACCCCAGACCACACACUCCCCUGUCCGACAGCCCAAUGGCUUGAUUAUUGCCUGGCCUUCCCCUGCCCUAAAAUGCUGGAAUCCAAGAUUGCCUUCCCAAGUCUUUUUGUUAAGAUGGCAAUAAAAAGAAAUUGAUCUCACACUUGGAACGCACCCAGUCUCCAGGAUCUUUCUUUGGUGUAUAUUCUUUUUCUUCGCUUCCUGUGAAAACCUCAAGGCCCCCAGAGUAGGGCUUAGGUGACUGAGGGAAAGCAUGCCGGCCAGAGGGGCUCCAGCGCCGCCGGCAUUUCCCGAUUCCGAAAGUACUCAGAUGCCCUGUAUGGGGCACCAUGCUAGCUCCUGCCCUGUGAGGGAAAGAACGGACCUGAAGAGCUGAGCGAGACGAAGCAGCCACAUAGGAAACCGUUCAGCCAUGUGUUAAGUCUCUGCCCAGCACAGGCAGGAUGUGGCUAAGUGAAUUUUACCUUCUGCUCCCUAAAAAAGUCACCCUUUCCGGCAGGAGACUCCGGAAGGGUCCGGGGCUGUGCAUUUGCCAGUGGACUUCAGGGACCACCAUGAGGCAUGAACUUUUUUGAGGGUCGCCUCCCCACUGAUCCUGGUAUCUAUCUGUCACAGGCAAGACCCUGCCCCCCGAGAACUGAGGCUUUCAAAGUAACCAGAGCGGUUCCUCCAGGUCCCUUUGGGAGUCUCAUUAGAAGAGAAGGGGCCUCCUAACCUGGGCAUUGCCCUGGCUUUACUCCCAGGCACACAGAGAAGUCCUCCCAAGCAGGAAAUCCCCAAGUCCUGACUAGGGAUCUGUCCCCUCUCUGGAAAGUUCCAGCCCGCCUUUGACCUCUUGGAAUCCAGGUCACCCUCUUCUGUGCUUGGUCGAAAAGCAUGGCCAUGGAAAUCAGACUUUUCGGAUUUCUGCCACAAGCAAAGAUACUGUGAAACUGGGCCCAGGAUCUUCUCCAGAGUGGUCUAGGUGCUAAGUAGUAACUGGCCGGCCCCUCCCUCUGGUCCUGGGGAGGGCAGGGAUCAAGUGGGAAGCAAAGGGGACAGAGAGAUGAAGAGCCUGUGCACUUCAGAAGAAAUGUCUUUAGUUUCUUUUUCUUGGCUUCAGUGGGGAUGGUGGGUCAAGCGCAUCAACACAGGAAGGCGAAAUCGGGGCCAGUGGUUGAAAGUGAAUGGGCAGCCAAUUUCAGCGUAAGAUAGGGAAGUCCCACCGAAGGGUCUGAGGCCUCUAGCCGCUUUAAAGGCGGGCUGGGCGAUGUUCUUUUGGAGCUUGGGUGACGGUCUGGUGGGUGCGUGCAUGACCCAAAGACCCGCCCAGCUCCCAGACCUAAACGCACGUGAGAAAACAGAGCCCAGCCUCUUGCUGGUCACUCUUCCCCAUUUCUGCCUCCGUGGCCGGAGCAGUUUUCUCUCCGUCAGGGCCAUACCCACUGAGCAGGGACGUCUGAGCCUGGCCUUUGUCUGCCCCGACUCCAACAACACGGAAACCCCGUGGGUUAUUUUCUCUCUUCUGGUGGAACGGAUAGUCGUUUCCUGACCCAGCUUAGAAAAUAUGGUGCAUUGGAUAGAGCACAGCGGGUGGGGUGGAAGAACUGCUGUCUGCGCUUAUCUCUCCAGCACCCAGAGUCAGCAAGGAGUUCGGAAUCAAAACAAUCCAUUCUCAUCGUGAACCGUUCAGUCCAGAUCACAAACCCCCACCACCACUACCACCCACCCCCUUGAUGGCUUCAAAGGGCGUCAACUCUGUGGGUCUGAUGUGAAAAGCUAUCAGAUGAAUUGCAGCGUUUGUAGACGGGCCUGCGUUAGCCGUUUUCCACCUCCUCCCGACACACUCCGUGCCUUCUCUCCAACGAAGCAGUGACCUAGAAACUCAACAGAUACAGAGAGUUGAACUCUCUAGAAGCCUUGGCUUCCAGCGAGGGCUCUUGCAUGUGUGCGGCCACGGAAGGGGACAGGCGUGGCUUUUCAUAACGGCAUUGUCAUAUGGGGACAGAAGGAUUCUGGGAGUGCAUCAAACCACGGGGUGUUACCGCCAAAUACUUAAAAGAGGGAGAUCGAAUUCGAGGUCAUUUGUGUUGGAACUUAGCUUGCUGCCAUUCAGCAUCUUGAGGGGACGGGUUGUUACGAUUUGCUGAGAGUUGCCAUAUAUGUCAUAUUUCAAGUGCCAAGUUUCCAAACAACCAGAUACAACCAGAUGCUGACCAGUUUUUAUCCAUCUCUAGAACACUGUGACCACUACAAAGAUUUGGAGUUCUCGUCCUAAACCUCGAUUCUUACAGGGCAGGAAACCACCAGGAAGUAGAAAGGGAAAUUGACCUGAAUCUUUCUAAAGCUUUGGACGUAUUCUAGAAGUUGCUCUUUUGAAGAAAUCCCUGAGAGUUACGUGUUCCUCAUCUCUUUUCCUCCUAAAGUCGCAUGCCAGAGAAAAUAAUUCUAGCUUUUAGAGCUUGAUGAUUGCUAAACACCCCCCAAAAAAGAGAAGAGCGUCUCUUUCCUUGUGCUCUGUGAUCCAAGCGAUUCUUGUGAGGGAAGAUGAAUGAAUGGUUUGCCUUCUGAAUCUGGGAGUAGGAAACUUUGGAUCUACCCCCAGUUCUGUUCCGUGCUAACCACAAGGGUGAUUAGUUUUGGGUGUCAAACCCCAGGCUGUGACUAAAUUGGGGACUAGAAAAUAUCUUGCACAUUCAGGAGGAAUCUCAGAUCCAGAGAAAAGCAGACCCCUGCGCUGGGGAGUUGUGACUCAAAGUAUUCGUUCGGAAAAGCUUCUCUAGGCUAGGGGUCCUCUUUUCCUUUUCCUAGUUUCUUCGUUAGUGGCAUGGCUGGCGGUCAUGGAGAUCACAGUGUUGUCUUCACAGCUCAGGGAGACAGGAGCUCAUGUCUGGUGCCGACAAGCAUGGAUGCGUUGAGGCUAAGUUCCUGGACCCAAGCAAGUUCUGGGGAUCGAAGUGCCAAAAAUCCGGCAAGUGUGACUCCCUGCGCCCCUGGGUAGAGCUCAUGGCCGCUUCUCUCAACGGGAGUGAAGCAACCAAAAGCUCACAUUUGCACUCCUGCCCCCCUUGGCCUCACUUCCACAACCCGGGGGUCUGUGCUGCAGCCAAUUGUCAGAUGGAUUGGUCCCUGGACUCUAGUGGUCCCCUUUGGAAGGUCAUGGCCUCCUCCAGGGCCGAGUAGAACAGAGUUCACGGGACUGUCCCCGAUGACAAGGGGCAGGAUGUGCUCAAGGGUGUUAUGCCUGAGGCUGUGCAAAUGCAGUUUCACAAUGCGGCUGGCUGCCAGGACCACCACCAGUCCUGGAAUUGGCGUCUGUGUGUGUCUUGUUUUAGGGGGUGGCCAUGGGGGGUAACUGUAGUAAUUGCUUCACAAGGAAAACUUGGAAAAUACAGAAAAAAAAAUGAUAAAGCAGACCCACCUGUAACGGAUAAUCAAUCCCUGGUAAAACACUGGUAUGUUUCCUUCAAGUAGCUUACGGAGGCUUAUUUUUAGAGCGUGAUUGGAACGGGAGAGUAGAUAGCUUCCGGUCCUAAUCUUCUCACUCUAUGUUCUAUCAGGACCAUUUUCCACGUCAUGAAAGGUCCUUUGAAAACAUUGUCUUUAGAUGAGUAACAUUCCAUCAUAUGACUAUAUCACAGUUUGCUAAACUGUUUCUCCAAUAUUAGACGUUUGGAUGUCUUUGCUUUUGCACUGUUGUAAACAGUGAUACAGUCAGGGUGGUGGCGGGCAGUUUGUCUACUUGGUCUGCGUCUUAUGGUCCCUUUUUAAAUUUUGCAAACAUUGUGACAAAACGCACAUAACAGAAAAUUGACCAUUUUAACCACUUUUUUUUUAAGUGUCCAGUUCAGCGGCACUAAGUUCAUUCGCAUUGUCCGGCCAUCACCACCAUCCAUUUCCAGAGCCCUUUUCGUCUUCCCCAGCUGAGACAGGAUACCCGUUAAACCCUAACUCCCCAUUUCCCUGGCCCCACCGGGCCCCUCUCCCCCCGGCCACCACCGUUGUA